AUGUAUAUUGGAGUGCUAUCUGACGAAACUGACAACAAAUUUGAUUUGAUAAAUGAUUCCAAAUUUGGUGGUGACCCCGUAUGGUUACAGGGCAAGAGACCGAGAAACUUCAAUCUGAAAUGUCCAACAUGUAAAAGCAAUUUAACAUUUUUAUUUCAGUUGUCAACAUCGUAUAAUGAAUACAUAAGAACAUUAUACAUGUUUUGCUGCAUGAACAGUGGUAAGUGCAACGUGAAUAAGAAAAAUUGGGUGUGCAUUAAGGGGAAAAAAAAAUUAUUUGAAAACUUAGAAAAUAACAAAAUGAGAGAACAAUCCUCAAAUAAUAAUUGGGAUGUACCAGAAAUAUGCCAGAAUGAAAAUACUAAUGAAAAUGAUCCUCAAUCAUUUACAUUUUUAAAUUGUUGCAGUAAAAUAAAUGAAAGACAACCCAUUUUUGACUUCUCAAAUGAUAAUAUGAAAAAAGAAGACUUUGUAACACAAAAUGUGAAUUGUUACGAAGAAAAAUUAAUUGAUUGGAAUUCUUUAUUUUCUAAAAGCACAGAAAAACAAAAUUGGAAUAACUCAUUCUUUAGUAAUUCCAUUAAUAAAACCUUAAAUUGUGUAAAUGAAAAACAUAAAAAUUACUGUCAUCCCGCGAUUAGUAAUAGUAUCCAAAGAUCUAACAAGUCAAUAGUACAGAAUCAAACGAGUGAUAAUAACAGAGAAAGAGAACUACCUAAGCCUUGUCAAAUGAACCAGACAAAUGAAAAUAUUGUCGGAGGUACUAGUUAUAAGUUACCUAGUUUUUAUAUUUCCCUAAUUGAAGAUGAUGAUGAUGAUGAUGAUAAUGCUGCUAAUGAUUAUGGAAAAGAUUACCUAUACGAAAAAGCCAAAAAGAUGCAAGAAACAUAUGAAGAAUGUAAUAAGCAAAAUAUGAAAGAUAAUGUAGACUUGGACUUAGGAAAUGAUAAUGAUUUAGAUGAUAUUGGUGAUGUGGAAUUCUUUGAAAAUGAUUUUAAUGGGUGCGUAAAAUUUUAUUCAUAUUUAAGUAAAAACUAUAAUCAAAUAUUAAGGUAUUCUUAUAAUGGUAAAUUUUUAUAUAUGUAUAAAUCCACAAAAAAUUACAUAAAGGAAAGAACAUUGACAUGUGCACACUGUAGAAAUAAAUUACUUUUUGAAAUGCAAUUUUUUUCUACUUUUGUCUAUCAAAUAGAGAAAAAACUUGAAGAAAAAAAAAUAUCUCUUUUGGACAAUUUCUUAAAUAAUUUUAACGUUGGGAAUGCAAUUAUAUUUACUUGUGAAAAAGACUGUGUUACCAUUGAUGAUAUGUAUUCAUAUGAGCACGUAGAAUUGGAAAUAUUUUAG